UUCAGAUGUGCCCUCGGCUCUUGUUGACGCCAUUCGCAAGCCUCACAUCCAAGAUCCAACAGGUGAACACACAAAGUAGCUCUAUUCGGUCGUUCGGUCGGUCUGAGUCGUUUGGCGAUCCGUAUAGGAACAUAAUUUCAAUGAUCGUACGUGCGGACUUCCUUUUCCGAUUCGAUAUUAUUUUUUGAAAAUUCAAUCGAUUGAACAAAUUAACGGUAAUGUUUGGUGAAAUUGUGAUCUAUUAAAUAGAGUGUUGAAGAAUUUGAAUCCCAGUGAAUUGGUAGUUCAAAACUUAUGGUUUCGUUUAGAAGAUUCAAGAUUUCUUUUGUCUAUGGUGAUUAUAACCUCUGUGAAAGGGUAUAAUUAAAUUUUUAAUUGCCCUUGUGUAACAACUGUCGGGCCGCGGGCGCCUAAAUCCCGGAAACCCAACAAUAAAAAAAAAACUCUCUUAAAAAUUUAUGAAAUUCCAGUUUCGAAAGAAAGUGUUUUGUGUAAUGUUGAAGUUUUUCCUGUUCGCUUAUUGCAUAUCAAAUUCACUUUCCAUGCUAAUUUCGUAGGUAGAUUUAUUAAAUUUUGUAUACCGCACCGUACUCCACCGCCACCGCAUCGCGUCGCGUCGCGAACCAUCACACUUGUGCUGUGGAUCGUUGCAGUGGUUUUAAAUUGAAAUAGCGUCACUGUUUUUUAAAUUUUUUAAGUUAAAAAACCCGAAAUUGGAUCAACAUGCAGAAAUUCAUUAAGCUGAAUAACCACGAACCAAAUAAUGUUGAAGAAGAACAAACAAGUAGUACGAGUCUACAUGCAAGUAAAGUAAAAUUAGUUGGAUACUUGAAGAAAAAGAGAACUAAAGUAGGAGGCUGGCGUAAAAUGUGGUUUGUUCUACAAAACCAACUUUUACUUUCAUAUCCAUCUAAAGAGGAUUACGACAAGAAAUUGGUUUCAUUCAAAGAUGUUUUGAAUUUAGUUCCAGGAACUGUUGUACGUCCAUUAGGAGGAUAUCGUUUUGCAAUACAAACAACAUCAGAAAGUGUUUUUAUAUUUCGAUGUGAUGAUAAUAAAACAUACAUGGAAUGGAUCACAGCUCUAGUGGAUAGUUUGUCCAUAGGUUCAAAAGCUGUAAAACAGCAAAACAAGGAUGGGUAUGGGGCAGGGGGAAUGGUUAAAAGGCCGCUGCAGGGUAGUCAUAGCUGCAGCUCACUUGUCCGUUCUAAAAAGAAUAAAGCAGUUCAUAUUCCUAUUGUUCAUGGAACAGCAAGGAUUCUCAACAGGACUGGACUUUCUGAAAAUGACCUUCGAGCAUUUUCUCUUCGUGAUACUAAUGAAAGGUCGACUACGUCGUCGUCGUCGUCGAAUCACUUCUGUUUACAUGAGACUCAAUUCCUUCUCCAGAACCAGUCCAAUGAAGUAUCUCGGAUAAAUCGAAUGUUUUGUGGCAGUGCAUCAUCUGAGGUGGAUACAAGUUUAACAAUAUACCCCGCCAUCGCCGGAAGUAGUGAUAAAGGAUUUGCUCAACAAUCGCUGACACAUCAGCCGUUAAAAAAAUCUACAACAAUGAAGGCAAAGUUGUCGGGCUUAAAAGGAAACCAUCGGCAGUUUGAGAGUGAAAGUGGUGAAGUGAAUCAGAAAAGUGUUAUCAAUAGAAAAAUACAUGAUUUGUUAAAUUAUAUUAAAACGGAUAAUUUUACAAUGAUUGAGGAUAAAUUAAGUGAAAGUGACUUUGCCAGUGACAUCAAUGCAAAUAGACGAUGUGAUUUGAAAAGGGUAUUAAUGGAUAAUGAAAGGAAGAAAAAGAAUCACAGUGACAAUACUGCUAUAGCAGCAGCUAUCAAUGGUCGAAGGAACACACGGAUUGAGGAUCAAGUUCAACGGUUGAGUUUACAAGGGUCAAGUGCAUUUAAAAUUGAUGACAAAAAGAAUAUAUCCAUGGAUGAGGAAGUUAAUUGCCUUCGUUUGAGUUCGACAAUACGAAAGGAAGAAGAAGAACAAGAAAAACAAAGAGAAGAAAAAGAAGAAGAAGAAAGAAGAAGUCCAUUUUCAAGGCAUCAUCAUCGCCACCAUGGGAAAAGGCCUGAAGCCGGAUGCUCAUCAUCGUCAGCUGGAUCUGGCUCUGGUUCUGGUUCUGGAUGUUCAUCAUCAACAUUGUCAUCGUCCUCGUCGUCGGGAAGGACAAUCGAAUCAUUAUCGCAUCACAAUGAUAAAGAUAAUAAUGGAAGUGAAAUAAGUGAGGAUAUUGCUAAGAAGAAUGAACCUAUUUAUGCUGUAGUUGACCUAAAAAAUAAAUACGAACAUCGAGCGAGGAUACGCCAACGACACGAAAUGGAAGAAAAACGAAAAAGUCGUUUAGGGCAAAUGAAUGACUUGGAUGAGGUCACAACUGAUUAUGAAGAGGUUUUCGACUUUCCUCAUGAAGCAUUGGAGGACAAUAACUACAUUAGACAUUGUUAUGAUGAUGAAAAUAUUUAUGAACCGAUAAACAUUCCAGAUCCUCCAUUUAGAGAUCAUAAACAUCGAAAUGUUGUUUGGAAAUACAUUUCACGCCUUAACAUUGACACCCUUUUUGAAAUGGCUCGAAAUAGGAAAAAAUCAGUCAAACCUCCUUCGGAACACACGUCUCCAUUUGCGAAUAUAAAACAAAAAAUCGGUCAUCAUCGGAAAUCACUAAGAAUUCGAAUGAUCAAAUUUUAUGCAUCACGUGAAAAUCCCCAAGUGUCACAAGAAAUUGUAGAACAAAUAAGUAAUGACGACAAAAUAGAUCAAUGUCAAAAAUAACUCUAAGUUUAAGGUUUUAUCUUAUUAUUUUAUGUUUGUUUGUUAAAUGCAUUUCAAUCAAUUGGAAUUAAAUAAUUUUAUUUAUAUGUUUUUAUAUAAAGUUAACUAUUUAAUUGUAAGAAAAA